CUGCGGCGUCGCUGUCUGAGCAUCCGACAACCUGCAAUUUAGCGCCAGCAUGGCUGAUUGGACAAUGUCAUCGCCGGUUUGCCGACUGAUGUGCCUGUUGACCAUCACUCUUCUAAUUGGCGGCACGAUUGGUAAAGCGUCCAUCGAUCAGAUGGCCAAGACGAGUGCAAUGAUGCGUUCCGUGUGCGUGGGAAAGCAUAAGGCCAGCGUGGAGCUGAUCGACGGUCUCGGCCGCGGUGAGUUCCCGGAUGUGAAGGACCUGAAAUGCUACGCGAACUGUGUGCUAGAAAUGAUGCAAGCGAUAAAGAAAGGAAAAGUUCAGGCCGACAAUGCCAUCAAGCAGAUCGAGCUGUUAGUGCCUUCGGAGAUCGCCGAACCAACGGUUAGAGCGUUUGAUCUUUGUCGGGAUUCGGCGGCAGGCAUUAAAAAUCACUGUGAUGCGGCUUACGCGCUGCUGCAGUGUCUACACAAGAGCAAUCCGAAAUAUUUCUUCGCAUAAAAAUUUGGCACGAGGUCCAAAUAGAAAUAUUAGUAAAUAAUACGAUACACAUGUAUCAGUCUUCAAUCGGGUACUUGCUUAGCGCUUAAAACUUACGGCUUUAUAUUUGAAAUAAAUCUAAAA